AUGGCGGCGUCGGCGAAGACCUUCGUGCUGUACCCGUCGCUCGGCGUGGGCCACCUCAUCCCCAUGGUGGAGCUGGCCAAGCACCUGCUCCGCCGUGGCCACAGCGCCGUCCUCGCCGUCGUCGACCCGCCGGACGGCGACCCCGCCUCGGCCGCCGCCGUGGCCCGCCUCGCCGCGGCCAACCCUUCCAUCGCCUUCCGCCUCCUCCCGGCCCCUCCCAGCCCGGACCCCGCCGCGCACCCCAUCAAGCGCGCCCACGCCAUCCUGCUCGACAUGUUCUGCGUCGACGCGCUCGACGUCGCCGCCGACCUCGCCCUCCCCGCCUACUUCUUCUUCGCCUCCGCCGCCAGCGACCUCGCCGUCUUCCUCAGCAUGCCAUACCUCUACCCCGGCCUGCCCUCCUUCAGGGACAUGGGCGACGCGCUCGUGCGCUGCCCCGGCGUGCCGCCGAUCCGCGCGGUCGACAUGCUGGUCACGGUGCAGGACAAGGAGAGCGACCUCACACAGGUCCGGCUGUACCAGUUCAAGCGCAUCGCGGAGGCGAGGGGCGUGCUGGUCAACAGCUUCGACUGGCUGGAGCCCGCGGCCCUGAAGGCGCUCGCCGACGGCGUCUGCGUGCCCGGCCGGCCGACGCCGAGGGUCUACUGCAUCGGGCCAUUGGUCAACGGCGGCGAAGCGAGCGGGGGCGGCGAGAAGCGGCACGAGUGCCUCGCGUGGCUCGACGCGCAGCCGGAGAAGAGCGUCGUGUUCCUCUGCUUCGGCAGCAAGGGCGCCUUCUCGGCGGCGCAGCUCAAGGAGAUCGCUCGCGGGCUAGAGAGCUCCGGGCACCGGUUCCUGUGGGCGGUGAGGAGCCCGCCGGAGGAACAGAGGGAGUUCCCCGAGCCGGACCUCGAUCGGCUGCUCCCGGCGGGCUUCUUGGAGAGGACGAGAGGCCGGGGCAUGGUGGUGAAGAACUGGGUGCCGCAGGCGGAGGUGGUGCGGCACGAGGCGGUCGGCGCCUUCGUGACGCACUGCGGGUGGAACUCGGCGCUGGAGGCGAUCAUGUCCGGGCUGCCGAUGGUAUGCUGGCCACUAUACGCCGAGCAGGCGCAGAACAAGGUGUUCAUGGUGGAGGAGAUGAAGAUCGCCGUGCCGUUGGAGGGGUACGAGAAGGGGACGGUGAAGGCGGAGGAGAUUGAGGCGAAGCUGAGGCUGGUGAUGGACACGGGGGAAGGGGGGAAGCUCAGGGAGAUGCUUGCGGCGGCGAGGAAGAUGGCGUUGGACGCGAUCGGCGACGGCGGGUCUUCCGAAGUGGCAUUUGCCCGGUUUUUGAGUGAUUUGGAGAACGGCAGCAUGGAGAAUGGAGGAUGCAACAAUUGA